AUGCUGCAGGAGAUGCGGAUUUUAAUGGUUGGUUUGGAUGCAGCCGGCAAAACGACGAUUCUUUAUAAACUGAAACUUGGCGAAAUCGUCACAACGAUUCCCACGAUUGGCUUUAAUGUUGAGACAGUAGAAUAUAAGAAUAUUUCGUUCACGGUUUGGGAUGUCGGUGGACAGGACAAAAUACGGCCCCUUUGGAGACAUUAUUUCCAAAAUACUCAGGGCCUAAUAUUUGUUGUGGACAGCAAUGACCGUGAACGAGUGGGUGAGGCCCGAGAAGAAUUGAUGCGUAUGUUGGCCGAGGAUGAGUUACGCGAUGCAGUUCUACUUGUUUUUGCUAAUAAACAGGUGAUUUUUUGCUUUUUUUCUUAA